UGUGACUGAUUUAUUUUUUUUAAUCCUGGUAAUAGCCGUCUUACAAAAUGAGUUGUCACUUCCAACAUUUUAUGUUAAUUUUUAUCUGUACACAUACAAGACCCUGCUGAUACUUAACAAGCAGAUUGCUUGGAAACCUGUGUGGACUCUGGGUGUGGAGGGUGGGACUGAGGAGCUCAUCCAUGUUGGGGUCUGGAUGCCCCACGGCUUGCUUCUCAUUGUCUGUCUGUAGUCAUGUCUGUCUGUCUGUCCUGUGCAGGGCUGAGAUCCCAGAGCAUCCUGCCAUCUCUGGUGUCUCUCCCUUGCAGCUGCAGUUACGUGAACUUGCCCUCCACGACAGGUGCCCUAUCCCUGGAUAGUCACAUUUCCCAGUGUAGGUUUGGAAAGAUGUUGCCGCUGGAGAAGGCGUUUGCCAACCCCAGGAGCUCCCCAGCUCCCCCAGAACUGCCCAUGCUAGGAUCAGCAGCUGAGGACCAGCAAGAGGACUCCAGGAGUGGCCUUGGGGAGGUCCCUGCCAACCUUGAGUCCUCCCGCCUGCAUUUCCGGAACUUCAUCUACCAGGAAGCUGUAGGGCCCCACCAGGCCCUGGACCAGCUGUAUGAGCUGUGCCGCCAGUGGCUGCGCCCUGAGGCGCACUCCAAGGAGCAGAUGCUGGAGCUGCUGGUGCUGGAGCAGUUCCUGAGCGCCCUGCCGGACAAAGUACGGUCCUCAGUGGUGGCACAGCAUCCUGAGAACUGCCAGAAGGCAGCCUCCCUGGUGAAGGACCUUGCCGAUGCCCUAGAGGAGCCAGAUGGGUCCGUGAAGACUGGUGAAGACGUGGAGCCCAGUGAGACCCAGGCCGCCCCCAACAUCUCCUGUCCUGCUCCAGACCCUGUGCUUCUGGAACAAGGGUGUGCCGGGGACAAGAAACCCGAACAGCCCAAGCCUGCUAAGGCUGAGCCAAAGAAGUUGACAUUUCCGGAGAUGCCCCUGUACCUGGGGGAAUGGGGCCACCUGGACCCGGCAGAGGAGAACCUGAAGACCUUCCGGAAACUGCUCCUGUGGGGGUACCAGCUCGCCCAGCCUGAUGACACCUGCAGGCUGGAGACAGAGGAGCUUCGGUUGGUUGAAGCUGAACCACCGGAAGGCAGCUUCUCAGGGGAUAGGAGGUGGCAGGAAAGUAAAGAGAGCAUGUGCGAGACGCUGAUGGAGAGGAUCACAAGGGAAAUUCUCGUUUGCCCCUUGACGGGUGCUGCUCCGGAGGAGGAAGAGCAGCCGCAGAAGGUUCUGGAACCUCAGGAGAGGGAACCAAGCCCUGUCCCCAGAGCCCAGAGGCAGUCAGUCAUCCGGGAGCCAGCCCAGGACAGGGGCACAGCAGGGGAGAGCCCUACUGUGCCUGUAGCUCCAGCUGCCCCACGCCAAGGCCUUGGAAGAAAAAGGCCCCACUCGAAGGAUGUGGGCGGGCAGGGCCCUGAGCCUGUCUCCAGCAUGAGCCACCCCCAGCAGCGCCAUGUGAAGGAGCCCGCUGCAUCUGGCCUCGGCGCAGGGUCCCUGGGCGCGAGUUGCUCUGCUGCCGAUGAGCCUGGGCUGUCCCGAGGGAAGCCCUACGCGUGCAGCGAGUGUGGGGAGACCUUUGCGUGGAUCUCACAUUUCAUUGACCAUCUCCGAAGCCACAGUGGCAGGAAGCUAUAUGCGUGCCAGGGCUGCUGGAAGACCUUCCACUUCAGCCUGGCCCUGGCCGAGCAUCAGAAGACCCAUGAGAAGGAGAAAGGCUACGCGCUGGGGUGGGCCCUGGGACCCCACCCUGCUGCAUGUGGUGCCCGUGCUGGCGGGAGGCUCCGUGGGCUCCCGGGGUGUGUGGCAGGUGAUAUUUUCCCUGUGCAGCCUGAGGCUCAGCGAUGAGCUGCUUUGCUGUAGGGUCCCUAGAGGCCAGUCUUGCCUCCCAGGUUUGUGUCCCUAGAGACAGCCUUGCCUGCCCAGGUUUGUGUCCCUAGAGGGCAAUCUUGCCUGCCAGAUUUCCCUAGCAAUGUAUCCGCUGCUUUGAAACCCUUGCGUGGCUUCCUGCAGUAUCUGUGUGGAUGUAAGGCUGUCUGUUCUCUAAAUGAGCUAACGUGGCUAACGCACUUAGAACCCAGAAGGGCCCACGGGAAGCCCUUGUCUCCUUGUAAACACACCCAUGCAGAUGCCCAUGUGCAAGCACGAGCUAUCCGGUGUGAAAGAAUAUUCCCCUUUCUUCCGUAGCCAUUUUAGCACCACCCACACAUUGGAACAUUUGUCAUUGUGCAAAGUGUAGAGUUGCCUUAAAGUGUGUGAUCCGCCGGCUCUUGCUGAAGUCAGCUUUGUCUCUGUUCCCCUUGUUCAAGCUCCCCAGGGCUUCUGCUCAAGCUGUUUGGUCUUUUCGUAAACACCUGAUAUCAAGUUCACUUCUGAAUCCUCAAUAGCAAAUUGUUUCCUAGUUAAGCACGUGUCUACAUAUGUGGAGUGGCUUUACAAAGAUCACAAAAAUGCGUGGAGCCUGGUAACGCAGUGCUUUCAAACCAUGCGUCUCAGCCUACUAGUGAAUUGUGAAACCAAAUUAGUGGACAGUCGCCAUCAUUGCAAAUCAGUAGAAUUAAGUAAAAAUUCGUCGUGUAGUAAAGGCAAAUAUUGUUUUGUGAAACUUUUCAGCUAUAUAUCUAAAUAUGAGACCCGGUUGAAUUGUGAAAUCAAAUUAGUGGACGGUCACCAGCAUUGCAAAUCAGUAGAAUUAAGUAAAAAUUCAUCAUCCGGCUGUAAAGGCAAAUACCGUUCUGUGAAAAUUUUCAGCUGUAUAUCUAAAUAUGAGACCCGGUUGCAAUGUAAGAUGUAUUUCUUACUCAGGGUGGAGGGUCAUGAUCAAAGCAGGUUGAAAACACUAAUAAGGGUUGAUGAGGUGUAUCUGCCUGGGCAAAUGGAAACUUAAUUCUUUGGGCUACAUAAGGUGAUCUUUUGAUUUUUGCAUUUGAUCUCAGAUUAGAGCAUUGCUUCUGUUGCCUGAGCAUAAACUUAACGCUUCUUGUAGGUUAACUGGUGCCUCUUUCUGUCAUGGUGUUUGAGCAGGCAGUCUGUUGUAAUCAUGCCCGAAUCAUAGAUGCUUAACCUAAUAAAGGAUUUAUUUCUUCACUCA